UCUGUCGCAUCGCAACAAUCGACUUCUUGUACGUACGCAUUAUCAAUAAUCCCGGACGCAGCGACAAGAAGGGUCGCGGGAGAACAACGAAAGACGUGAUGGCAUCAAAAGUACGAUCCGAGGAUGAAUACGGAGGAAAGGUCAACCGAGCUAUCGUUGACACCGGGGUGAAAAUGGCAACUGGUUUGUUGGUUGGUGGUGUGUUUUCCUUAGUUCUUUUGAAGAGAAGAACAUGGCCUGUUGCAUUUGGAGUAGGAACAGGAUUUGGAAUGGGCUACAGCAACGCAGAAAAUGAUUUUCAGAAUAAAAAUGCUGCAUUAUUGAAAAGAUUACAGAAAGUAACCCCCAGCACCUGAUAAUAGCCAUCUAAUGACAUUUGAUAUUUAUAUGUUUCAUGUAUGACUGUGAUUGGAGAGAUGUAAUAAAGGAUUCUCAUGUAA